CUUUCUAUCAAGUCGAAACCUGAUCGACUGACAACCUAAUAAAUCCCGCUAAAUUUACAAGAUUAUACGCGAAUAAGUUGAUUCAGUAUUUUCGUUUAGUACUUCGUAUAGCUGUAUUAAUACUUUUGUUGUUAUGGCAAAUAAAAAAGCUGCUGUUCAAGAUGUUGUUACUCCGUGGGAAGUGGUAGCAACCUCGGCGAGUGGAAUUGACUAUGAGAAACUCUUAAAAGGAGAACAUUAUGCAGACUGUGAGAAGAUUAAUGAGGAGUUGAUAGAAAGGAUAGAAGAUAUAACUGGAAAACCAGCCCAUCACUUUCUGAAACGAGGAAUUGUCAUUUCUCACAGUAUGAUGCAUCACAUCUUGGAUUUGUACCAAGAGGGAAAGCCAUUUUACCUAUAUACAGGACGUGGGCCUUCGUCAAAAUCCUUGCAUGUUGGGCAUCUUGUACCUUUUCAGUUUACAAAGUGGCUGCAAGAUACAUUUGACGUACCUCUUGUAAUACAGUUGACUGAUGAUGAAAAAUAUUUGUGGAAGGAUAUUCCUACACCAGAAGCAGCAAUUAAUCUGUCACGUAAGAAUGCGAAAGACAUAAUAGCAUUUGGUUUUGAUGAGAAGAAAACAUUUAUAUUUUCUAACUUCGAAUAUAUGUGUCCCCCUUUUUACAAGAACAUCUGCAGAAUUGAGAAAUUAGUCACAAAUGAAGAAGUGAUGAACAAAUUCGGAAUUAGCAAACGUGACUCGAUAGGCAAGACCAGCUUUCCAGCAAUACAGGCCGCCCCAAGUUUCAGCUCUUCUUUCCCUGGAAUAUUUCGUGACAGUGAGGACAUGGCGUGUCUUAUUCCUUGUGCUUUAGACCAGCACAUUUUUUUUGAAGUAACAAAGGAAACGUCUCGAUUCAUGAAAGUUAAAGAACCAGCUUUAAUCCAUACUACUUUCCUUCCUGCUCUUGGUGGAGCCAUAAAGAAAAUGAGCGCUAGUGAUGCAAGUACUGCAAUUUUUCUCAACGACGGAGAACACGAGAUUGAAGAGAAGAUACAUAAGAUACAAGACGUGAAGGUUCAGGGAAAUGACACAGUUAGCAGCGAAAUGGGUCCAGUUUAUGGUAAGAGCCUAGAAGCAGACAUCCCUUAUCAAUUGGCGAAGUUCUUUGUUGAAGAUGAAACGGAAUGGAACGGAAUCAAACAGGCUUACGAAGAAGAGAAUUUAUCAUCGAUGGAACUGAAGAACAAAUUGAUCCUAAUUCUCAAGAAAACAAUCAGAGAAAUUCAAGAGAAGCGUGAAAACGUCACGGACGACAUUGUGACAAAAUAUAUGUCGCCAAGACUACUUACUUACAAAUAGAAGUAAACACAUUUUUUUCUAAAACGUUCUUGAAACAGCGGCUUUUGUUUAGUGUAAAUUCUUGUAACCAGAAUUUAAUAUAACAUUUGACGAGUGUUAUCAUUAACGUGCUUUGUCAAAUAUCACAGUAUGUGCAAAAGCUAUGGAAGAGUACAACGCAACCUAGAAAAGAAUAGUAUCUCAUUGACAUUGAUUUCCCUAUAGAAUGUUAUUCCAAACAAAUCAAUGAAUUAUAUGUGUGUAUAUAACAGGUUUCUAUUCAAUAAUGAUACUGAAAACCUACACUUUUACAAUGCAUUGUAAUAAGAGUCUUCUAGUUUGGCAUCUCCUCAUACUAAAUAAAGUGAUGCUCGUAUUCAGUAUGGUUAAAACAGUUAGAUGUGCACAUUGUGUUUCCGGCUGAGCAUUUGUUAUGUAAUUUGUUUAUGUGAAGUGAUUUUACUUAUAAUGUUUGUCAAAAAUAUUACUAAAAUAUAAAGAUAACCAAAGAAAGUCAAAAAUUAUCAUAAUCAUAUUCACGAGUGUCUCUCGAUUUAUAUAGUAAAUUAGUUGUUUUA